CCAAGCAGCUCGCACGCGCUCUGGAGAGCUUCACCUCCGGUGUUUAACAAGGAGGGAAAUCAUUUAUCUUGAGUAGCGCGAUGAAGCAAUGCCUUCUGGAUGAUAAUGGGAUAAUUGGUUUUCCAAGCCAUCAGAUGUUUCCAGCGGUGGGUUACACUAUUUUGGAAUGUGUUUGAUGAGCACUGACCUUUUUUCCCCCGGCAUUUCCUCUUCUGCGCUUGCCUACCCCCUAUUUCAUAUUUUUGUCAGCCACUGGAAUAUAGGAAAAUUUUACCGCUUGAUCCCAUGGUCUGUUUAGUAAUCUGAAGGCUCGAAUGAUGAAAAUCUUUUGAGAUGAAAAACAGCGCUUUCAGGAAUAAUUUUUUGCUCGUGCGCCGCUCGUGCCUAAUCUCGCGCCUCAGCAGCCUGUUGUCUGUGUCCGUGGAGAAACGCACAACUUUACCGCGAGCUAGAGCUGGAGCGGGGGCUGCAGCUGGUCUCAGCGGUGCACCAGGGCCACACGCGAGGGGCCAGGAGGUGGACCAACAUAGCGGCCCCGGUGUUCGACCGGUCUGUGGUUGGACGGGGCAUCUGGUCCGGCUCUGGAGAGGUGAGGAUAUAGACGAUGGUGAUGAUGAAUGACCCAGCGACUCGAGCAGGCACCGGUGUCUCGCCACCAUUAUGUUUCCUACUGUGCGCUCUCGUCUUUCUCCCGCCGUGCGCUCACUCGCACCCGCAGCCGUGCCAGGUGCUGAAACGGAUCGGCCACACGGUUCGGGUCGGGACUCUGCACGUUCAGCCGCGGUUGAUCUCUUCCACUGCUGGCAGCAGUUCUGAGGACUGGGACACCAAGGGAGGCACGCGGCUGGACAUGGAAAAGCCGGAUAAAAUAAGUGCCAGGGCGCCUGGAUACUCAAACCUCAGGACUAGAGGCACCGUUAAUAGCCAGCGGGGGGGCAACAGGAGUAAGAGUCAGACAAGGCAGCGAGAGGAGAACACCUCGAGGGAGAACCGUGUGUUCGCACCCCGAGACUCAGUCCUGCUCGCUGUCGAGGCUCUGAACCGGGCCGGAGUGCUGCCCUACAAUUUAACUCUGGAGGUUGUCAUGGCCGUGGGGUCUGGACUCGGGGAGCUGCCAGCGUUCUCCUUCUCCUCCGAAGGCAGCUCCGAGAACGAGGACCCGCUGUCCUUCGUGGAAAGCGUGUGUCACACCGUGGUCGUGCAGGGAGUUUCCACCAUGAUCGCCUUUCCACGGAACCGGGAUGAGUUCGUCAAGUUGGAGUUUGUCUCGCUGGCGCUUCAGGUGCCAGUCGUCAGCGUUGUGCAGAGGGAGUUCAGGCGCCACAGUGAGAAUCCUCUCCAUUUCCAAAUGGUGAUGCGGACUGUAGAGGCCCCAACAUCCCGCCUCCUCUACUCUCUGCUGAUGAUGAAUGGCUGGUGGGACAUCAGCGUUCUGCUCUGCCAGGAAUGGGACAUUAGCGACUUCCUUGCCCUCAUCAAAAACAACACUCGUUUCCACCUGGGCACUCUUGUUAAUCUAACAACUACCACCUCAAACUCGUCACUGUCUUCGUUAUCAUCCUCAGGAGUGGAGGCAUCGUUGUCAUUAGCACCUUCAUCUUUUAUCUCCACUGCUUCUUCAUCCCCCCCCUCCUCUAAAUCAGACCAGCAGCAAGCUCUCAUGCGGCAGCUGGAGGCCUUGAGAGAACCUUCAUCCACAACAGCGGUGGUGAUAUUUGGGUGCGACAUUCGGGAGGUGCGCCGCAUAUGGACAAUGGUCACUAGAAUGAUGCUCCCAGAGUUUCACUGGAUCUUAGGGAACAGCCAGAAUGUGACUGAACUGAGAACAGAGGGAUUGCCCCUGGGGCUAGUGGGCCACGGGCUCAUGGGGUCCCCUUCUCUGGAUCACUACGUCCACGACUCACUGGAGCUGGUGGCACGAGCAGUGGGCAGCGCAGCACUAAAGAAUCCUGCUUUGGCACUCAUACCGGGGACAACCAACUGUAUGGAUGUACAGCAGAGCAACAGGAGCUCAGGGGAAUACUUAGCAAGAUUUCUAUCCAACACAUCAUUUGAUGGCCAGAGCGGUUUUUUAUCCAGAGAGAGUCAAAGCCAGAAUGUCAUCUCCGAGGCCCAUCACUAUAUCUGGUCCCUCCAGCUGGACCCUCUAGGUCUGCCAACCUGGACCCGCCUGGGGCGCUGGCGCAGGGGAAGAGUUCUGAGGGACCGGGGAGCCUGGCAAAGCCACCUAGGUUCAGGAGGGGGUGGUGACUGGCGCCGACCCACACGGCUGCACAUGCGGGUGGUGACGUUGGUGGAGCACCCCUUUGUGUUUACUCGCGAUGUGGAUGUAGAUGGGUUGUGUCCCGCAGGCCAGCUGUGUCUCGACCCGCUCACUAAUGAAUCUUCAGUUUUGGAAGGACUUUUCCAGAACCUUGCAGGACCAAACGGAUCUGUUCCCACUGAGCUGAAGAAAUGUUGUUAUGGUUAUUGCAUUGACCUGCUGGAGAAGCUAGCAGAGGACAUGGGCUUCAGUUUUGAUCUCUAUAUCGUCGGUGACGGGAAGUAUGGGGGACUCAAGAACGGUCGCUGGACAGGAUUGGUGGGGGAUCUACUCAGUGGUGCUGCUCACCUGGCAGUGACUUCUUUUAGCAUUAAUUCAGCCAGAAGCCAAGUUAUUGACUUCACCUCACCUUUUUUCUCCACCAGCCUGGGAAUUCUGGUUCGCACUCGCGACACAGCUGCACCCAUUGGAGCCUUCAUGUGGCCCCUCCACUGGUCCAUGUGGCUCGGCAUCUUUGUCUCCCUCCAUGUCACCGCCAUCUUCCUCACCCUGUAUGAGUGGCACAGCCCAUUUGGUAUGACGCCCCGUGGACGCAACCGCGACCGGGUUUUCUCCUUUUCCUCAGCACUCAACGUGUGCUACGCUAUUCUUUUUGGGAGAACGGUUGCCAUCAAGCCACCAAAGUGCUGGACAGGUCGUCUGCUGAUGAAUCUCUGGGCCAUCUUCUGUCUGUUCUGUUUGUCCACUUACACUGCUAACCUGGCUGCUGUCAUGGUCGGGGAGAAGACCUAUGAACAGCUGUCAGGGAUACAUGACCCAAAGCUGCACCAUCCCUCUCAGGGAUUCCGAUUUGCCACAGUGAAAGAAAGCAGUGCAGAGGACUACGUCAAGAAGAGUUUCCCUGAGAUGCAUGAGUACAUGAGAAGAUACAAUGUACCAGCAACACCAGAUGGAAUACAUCAUCUCAAGGCUGACCCUCAGAAACUGGAUGCAUUUAUCAUGGACAAAGCUCUGCUGGACUAUGAGGUCUCCAUAGAUGCAGACUGUAAAACCCUAACUGUUGGAAAACCCUUUGCAAUAGAAGGCUACGGCAUUGGCCUCCCUCAGAACUCUCUACUCACCUCCAACAUCUCAGAACUUGUUAGUCAGUACAAGUCAGAUGGCUUUAUGGACACGCUGCAUGACAAAUGGUACAAGGUUGUGCCCUGCGGGAAGCGCAGUUUUGCUGUGACUGAGACGCUGCAAAUGGGCAUAAAGCAUUUCUCCGGCCUGUUUGUGAUGCUGUGUGUGGGCGUGGCCUUAUCUCUACUGACCACAAUAGCAGAACACAUUGUGUACAAGCUGGUGAUCCCAAGGGUCAAAGAGCCGCGCUUCAAAUAUUGGUUGCACACCAGCCAGAGAUUACACCGGGCCCUCAACACAGUCUUCACUGAUGACAAACUACCAAGUGUUACCAAGCCUGAGAAGAGGUGCAAUGAAGGAAACAACCAGUCAGCAUCUUGGAAUCCUACAGAGUCCUCCCACUGCAACAGGCGAAGAGUCCUUAAGCAAGAGAUGCAGAAUGACCUGGAACAUUCAUCUUCCCAGGGUCUUCCUCCGCCACCGCCCCCAUCUCCCCUUCUUCAUCACCAUUCCCUUCCCCUGCUGGAGAAACACCUACCCAUAGUGACCACUUCCAACGGUCGCUCUGACCUGUUAGGGCGGGCACUGGGCCAAGGACUGGGGCCAGGGCAGGCUGGCUCUGUACAUGGCAUAACACAGUGCCGAGGCUUGGGUGUGGGAGACUGCGGCCCUGGCUUGGCUGCGGGCCAGAACCCACUGGCUCAGGAGUUAUCUGAACUGGAGGGUCAAAUCCUUGUAAUCAAGCAGCAGCUGCAGUCAGCUAUGAGGAGGAAGAGAGAGCUAGAACAGUACCAAUCAGAAAACCAGCAAGCAAACCAGACUGUACCUAGUCAGCCAACUACACACCAGUCUAACCAGUUUUCUCAGUAUACCCAGUCCCACCAGCAGACUAAUCAACACACAAACGCACUUCCGGAGUUCUGAAACUUUUCUCCUCUGUGUUGCCUAGAGAAACUUGGUUAGAUUGGACACAUUUCUAAAACAUCCUGUAGGGUCUGGAGAGGAUCCUAGUCUGAGUUCUGGAGCAGGAACCUUCACAGCAGAAGCCUUCUUGAGGCUCAGGAGUACCCCUGAACACUGGACUGAGAUCUCCGGGGAUCAGAUUGUGUUCUGUAAAUCCAAUAGGACAUUCGCUCACUUCUGGAAUGUGAGAUUUGAUAGACAAAAGGCACUGGUCACAGGUGAACCAGGGAUCCUGAACUGAAUCUGUUCUCACAAGCUUGCUGCUGUCACUAAAGAGCUGUGAAACCCUUUCCUCUUCUUAAUGUCUGCCUUUUUCUUCACCUCGUAUUCACCUCUUUCUAAGCCUUCAGUUUUUCUUUUAUUUGCAUUCCUAUUUUUUCUGCUCCUUCCCUUUGUCUCUGCCAUCCCUUUCCUCUAAGCCUUGUCACUUCUAAGGUACAGAUUUGCUUGUCAUGACAAUAAGCUUGAUUAUACAGUAGAUAUGAUGACUCUUUGGUAUUUAAGCUUAAUGGGCUAAUUCACUUGAGUCUUAUGUUGAGAAUCACUAAGAGUGUAAAAUGGCCUGAGGUUGAACCCAAUCCGUUAAGUCUUUAUGUCCUCGUAUCUUUGGGGGAAGAGAUGGAGAUUUGCAACUGCUGCUGAAUGGUUGAUUUGACCAUUGACACCCUGAUGCUUCUGGCCUUUGAUAGUGAGUUUAGUUUGACUUGGGGAUUUUUUUUUUUUGUAAGUCUUUUGAGGAUUGAUGGGCUGUUGUUACAAGAAGAAAAACAAGAAAAGAUUCAAAAUGUUUGACAGGAUAACUCUAUAUUUAUCAAGAACAUCUGGUUGGUAGUGUGUGGUGGAUUAUGGGACAAUCCAACAUUUUAUGGAUCACUGUUGUCCUGCACUUCAUGGAUGCACUUCUAGUUUCUUAAAGGAAGCUGCACCUAAAGUUCAUCAUAUAACUUGUCAGAGUUUAAGUUAUGGUCAACAGUGUUUCUUUUUCAUGUGGGCUUCAGGCUUAUAAACAACAUGGGAUAUGAAAAAAUAGUAAAAUACGCUGUACAGAAAUGAUAAUAAGUAAAAGAUCCUUCUUCUUUUCUUGCCAGGUGUCCCCCCAAAAAAAUACUUUUUUGCUCAGUCUCUUGAUAUCAUACCGGUGCUCUUGUAACAUCAUGAUACAAUAAACACAGGAUUGUGUUUUGGUACAAAGCUACUGUUAAAUAGAGGAAGAUGUCAACAUGAACAUACUGUAGACCACUACUCAAACUCUGACUGUUUAUUUUAUUAAUGAUGAACAUUCACAUGUGAACACACUCAAACAGUGAUGAGUUUUUUUUGCAUUUUUUCUGUUUGAAUUUCGGUGUGUUCUGUUAUUAAAUAAUUACCUCUACUCUUCUUGCACUUAAUUGAAAUGAAACCUUUAUUUUUUUGGUCCCCAUAAAAUAUUGUAACC